UACUGGUGAUAUAACAAUACAUCCAGACGUCAUGUUUUUGUUUGCCUAGAGCAUGAAAUUCUAAGUUUCGAAUUUACUUUCACCGGAAGUAUACACCAAAUUUCUAUAUUUUUUCUUUUACGACUUUCAUGUACACGACCCAAUGCCAACACAUGAGUCUACAAGCGUGCAUUCGUCUGGUCAAGUCUCAGGGAUCUAAGAAGCAAAACCUUCUCGUGACGCCUCAGAUUACUCCGCUUUAAAACUACGGAAGUUGGACGGGACUACUUUUAGCGCCGCAUCCCUAAUUUGAAAUCCCUCUUCAAGUCUUUUGAGCUUGCGCGCAGCAUUGUAAACUCCAGAGAAAAGAUUUCCUUUGCAGAAUUAUUUAUUACAGAUAAAAGAAGAAUUUAAUAAAUAUUUAUAAAUCAUUUUUUAUAUAGACGAUAGUUACAGCUCUCGAAUAGUCUGGAAGGUUGUUGUUGUUUUUUUCGCACGGAUUAUAUUUUAUUAAAAUCUUGUAUUAGUGAAUUCUGUAAAUUGCCUUUAAAUUGAAUUUACUUGCAUAUUGUGAGAUUUUAUAUUAAUUUCUGUUUUCGUUCACUGCUGGUUGUUAGGGAUUUAGUUGCGAAACCUGUUGGUAAACAAGGUAUCAAAAUUAAACUGUUAUACUUAAUAUUUUCCGUAGGGAAAGACAGAAACCGUUAGAAAAAUGCUCAAGGUUAACUCGAUAAGUUGUAACAAUAUUCUAGAGGAACGAAGACUUUUGAGAGCAUCUAUGUGAUUCGUUUGUGUAACUGCUUUUCUUGUCAGACUUGACAUGUCCAUACUGGACGCCAUGACCACCACGGUUUCCGCCUUUGUGGACAAGCUGGUCUACGUGAUUGACAAGGACAACCACAGCAGGUCAAUCGGCAGCCACGCCGACGGCAGCCACGUUCACUACUUGACCAGCCAACCGGACAUGUCAGCUGUGACGCCGUCGCCGGAUCUCGCGGCGACCGAGAACCCGGACAUGACUCCGGGGCAGCUGAAGGCGGUGACCGUGAUGGUGAUCAGCUUCAGCAUCUUCGGUUGCCUGGGCAACGGCCUGGUACUGUACGUGUUCUCCAAGAAGAACGACAAAGUCUCCUCCACGAUCUUCAUCCUAGCCCUGGCCUGGACCGACUUCUUCGUCUGCCUUAUCUUCAUGCCGUUUACCGCGACCUACUUAAAUCUGGACAGCGUGGUGCAUUUCGAAUUCUUCUGCAAGCUCUUCAACUUCCUCAACACGAGUAAUGUGCCCUUGUCUGCUUUCCUGAUGGUCGCCAUUGCAGUGGACAGAUACUUUAGUAUUUGCCAUCCGUUUCUCCACAUCAUGACUCCCAGGCGAGCGAAAGCCACCAUCUUAUGCCUUGUGGUGUUCGCGUUUUCAUUGGGCUCCAUAACCUCGUGUCUGUUUGGGAUUCAUUCUUAUAAUGAAACACUGACGCAGUACAACGCCCACAAUUGCAACAGUAGCUUCGCCUCCCCGAGAUUACUAUACAGUGACACGGGAGAUAAUCUUCCAUGGAAUAAUUUCACAGUUACUUCCCCUGGUCCUGAUACCUUGGCCCUGUGUGAGGAACUGCGCAUCAGUUUGUCAAAACGAGACGGAGCGUGUUUAGAAAAGUACCAGAUCCUGUCGUUGGGUUUUAUGGAAACUUACCAAAAAAUUUAUAUUUCGUUUUACAUCAUUUCUCUUCUAUCAGUAUUCACAUUGUAUUUCUUUAUCUACCGGUCAGUGGUCAAGCGCAGGGCCUGGCGGAGAAAGCAGAAGUCGUGGUCCCACUCCCCGAUGACCAUGACAGCGGCUUCCACCAUGCCGGCCACCGCAGAGAAUCGUGUCACGCAGCUGACCUACGGGGCCGAGGGCCAAACCUUGGAGCUGUCCCCGAAGCACCCGGAGAACAACGAGGCUUUCCGGGAGGCCAACGGAGACAAGACGGAGGAACGCGAGUAUGUGGCCGACAACCGGCUAGCCAAGACCAACAACUCUUCCAGACCGGCGGAGAUGGUCGUGGUGACCCGGAACGACUUUGCCAACGACGGCGUGGUAGAGACGUCCGCGCUGAGCUCGGCCGAGAAGAAGACAAUCCGGGAGCGGCGCGACUUCAACUUCUUGGCUAACAUCCGCACGGCGAGCAUGCUGUUCGUGGUGGCCGUGGUGUUCAUCGUCAGUUUCCUCCCAGCGUGGCUGAUGGCCGUGCGCCUGAUCGGCUACCACGUGAUCGUCUUCUACUCUCACUUCUUCUACAAUGUGGUCAACCCGGUCAUCUACGCCUUCAUGAACCAGUCUUUCAGAAAAGAGCUGAAGCGAGUGUUUCAACGAGAGUGCCAUAAGCUAAGUUGCCAUAGAAACAGACCCAGUUACGAGCACGGAGUGUCAAGGACUGGAAUGACGGAGCUGAGUGUUUGUGAGUCCCCGGAUGAUAACUUCGCGGAGGGAUACAGAACCCGACUGAACACCGAAUGACUACUUAGCGGAGGGAUACAGGACCCCACCGAACACUGAAUGAGGCCGGCGAAGGGCCAAAAGGGACAGCCUAGCGGAUGCCAGACCCUCAUUUAGGAAUUGACUACAAAACUUUGGGAGGAAAAGAGGGGAGCGGGGUGGAGACGUUCAUGAGAAAGUGGGGGAGGAGUAGGUUGUGUCUGAGAGACCGUUUGUUUUAAUAACUUGUUCACCAUCUUGAAACCUUUUAAUAAGUCACUUUAAUCUGCCACUGUCUUUUAAUAAAUCCAAUUUGAACUGUAUUGUCAAUCUCUCUCUCUCUCUCUCUGCCUAGAGCUCUCCUUUUCUCUUUACUUUUGUAUGUAUAUAUUUUCUCUCUCUCUCUCCCUCUCUCUCUCUCUCUCUUUCUCUCUUUUGCUCUCUAACUUUCUAAGUUUAAUUUGUCUAAUGACAGGCUAGUGUGCAAAGUUGUGUUUUUUUAACACGGUUUAGAUAUGGUGAGAUAUGUGCGGAGAUAUGUCAUGAAAUAUGUCUGUAUAUGUGUCUGUGCUACUCUGUAGAUGUGUGUGGAAAUAUGUCUGGCGAUAUAUCUGUUAAUAUGUCUGGAGAUAGGUUAAGGGAUAUAUCUGGGGAGGUUAAGGGAUAAGUCUGGGGAUAUAUCUGUAGAUACGUCUGUUGUAGAUAUGUGUUGUGUCUAUUGAUAGGUCUGGAAAUCUGUUGAACUCACCAUGUCUCCACAUAGUUCCUGUAGCGUCAUAAAACCACGUGAUUAAACCCCCUGCAUACGUCAUUUCCGAUUUCCAAACUCCUCACGUACUCCUCGCAUACUACACACACACACUGUGUUUACGCCUCUGUGCCUACGUCAUACACUCAUGCCAAUAUUUUUUUUAUUUCUUUUAUUGUGUGUGUGUGUGUGACUUGUGUUUUCCUGUAUGUGGUACCCCUGAUACAGUUAUUCACCUUAGUGUCAUUUUGUCAACGUGUUCGUGUGGGCUUUACAACUAAGUCCAAUUGAAUCCAAUUUUUCAUGGAAUGAAUGGAUCAAAACGUAUAAAGGUCCAGAUGAGAUCAAUGUGGGCAGUGAAAUACAAGUACAUAGUGUUGUUGUUUUUAAUCAAUUCCUAUUUCAUGCUGGUCUAUCAAAUCAAAUAGUAUUUUCUUUCUUCGCCAUGGCAAGGCGUGUUCUCUCUGAAGCCGUGUUACGUAAAGUGUCGAAACAAAC